UUUCUGGGUUUCCUAGGAUGAGUACCGUUAGGUAAUAGACAGAAAAAGCAAGGAGAUAGAAACAAAUCGUCUAACUUGCUAAACAUUUUUAAAUAAAAAGACAUUCAAGUAAAUAACAUUUUAAAUUAAUAUCAGGGCGGCUUUCCGAGUUUACGCCACAGGAUAUGACGUCUUGCCUCCACCUCUUGUCCAUCACAGCUCAGGGUCCAGUUUAAUUUACAAGGGUGGCCCGUUAAACACCGCUUUAAAAAACAGACAGCAAAAACAGUCCAUCUUUCAGACUUUCAUCUUUUUUUUUCAAAACAAUGGCCCAGUUGCAGGCCUGCUUGCAGCCUGACAACAACCACCACCGUCUGCUAAUCGGAUAGUGCGAAGGAUUUUUGAGUGACUGCAGGCUUGCACCUAGCUAACGUUACGCAGCUGCCUGAACCCAAAGCUGGUCGGCUAUCUAACGUUAGCUGUUACGGCUCGCUUUGCCAUAUGGUAUUGACGCACAUUUCACAGGGACAAACCUCUACAGAAAGCGGAUCAGCAACAUAAUUCCGAUAACGUUGCCAUGGACAAAGAAGAAGCAGACCGGCUGAUAGAGAAGGCGAAGCUGUGUUUACGGUCAGGACGGAAAGAUCGGGCGCUGCAGCUGCUAUAUGAAGCCCAGAAUAUUUACCCCAGCACCCGGGCCAGAGUGCUGAUAGAUGCUAUAGUAAGGAAUGGAGGCUCCGCUGCUCCACAAUCAAACCACGUUCCCCCGCCAACAGGCUGGAGAGACGAGGACAUUAGAAACGAUGAAACAUGUCAUGCGAGUGGUGAUGAAAAGAAGAGCUACACUGAGGAUCAACGGCAGGGUGUUCUCAGGAUAAAGAAUUGCAAGGACUUUUAUGAAAUUCUCAAUGUUCCUAAAGAUGCCAGCGAUGAAGAUUUGAAGAAGUCGUACAGGAAGUUGGCCCUCAAGUUUCACCCCGACAAGAACUUUGCUCCAGGAGCCACGGAUGCUUUCAAAGCAAUAGGCAACGCAUAUGCAGUGCUGAGCAAUCCAGAGAAGAGGCAGCAGUAUGAUCAAUACGGAGAUCAAUCUGCAGCUGCGAGCGCACCCCAACACCCCAGCCACAGUCGCCAUGGAUACUACCGAAGCUUCAACAGAGACUUUGAGGCCGACAUUUCCCCCGAGGAACUCUUCAACAUUUUCUUUGGAGGAAGAUUUCCCACCGGAAAUAUCCACAUGUACACCAACCAGGGAGCCUCCUACUCUCAGUUCUAUCAGCCUCGCCGUCGACGUGCUUUUGAGAGGCGCGAGGAGGUGGUAGAGGACAACCAGAGUCAGAACACCUUCACAGCGCUCCUGCAGCUUCUCCCUGUUCUGGUCUUAAUCCUCAUAUCAGUGUUUACUCAGAUGAUGGCCACUAACCCGCCCUACAGUCUCUUCUAUAAGCCGGCCAUAGGGCUGGUGGUGUCUAGGGAAACGCAGCACAUGGGUGUACCAUACUAUGUGGAUAAAAGUUUUGAGAAGGAAUACCGUGGAGCGGCGCUGGAUGAACUAGAGAAAACAAUUGAGAACGACUAUAUCGAACACCUGCAGAACAGCUGCUGGAAAGAGAAACAGCAAAAAUCCGACUUGGCAAACCUCGGACAGCUGUACCGAGACGAACGGUUAAAACAAAAGGCGGAGUCAAUGAGGCUGGACAACUGUGAGAAACUGCAUCGAUUGGUCGGCCGUCAGAGAGCCAAAUGAGGACUGUUUGAGAGGAGAACAUGUUUCUUUACAGACUUUACAAUAAUGCAUUUUAUUGAAGUGUGUUAAUUUAAUCUGGCCACUUUGUAAAGAAAUUUCUUUUAGGUACAGCGCGGUCAUUGGGAGAUUAUGCCACUGGAAACAAUGUGCCUUCUCUCCUCUUUGAUGGUAGGAAAUACGAGUUGCAUGUGAGCUGCCAACCCCGGCUGUGGCGGUAGCAGCAUCAAGUGCGAACUCACUGUGGCCGUGUGUAUGUUGUCUCGGAGCCUUUAAACUUUCUUAUAGAAAUGGCAUGACACACAUAUGGGGGGGUCUCAUGAAGGCAGUAGUAUGUCCACGCGUACAUAUUUAAUUUGUUUAGGUUUUGUAGUUGACCUGUAUUUAUGUUCUUGACUGGUUUUGUGUCCUCGCUGAAGUUUUAGGUGUAUUUAUUUGAUAGGUAAUAGAGUGAAUGUUACUCGAGCAUCUUGGCUAAUCUUUUUUUCUGUACGAAGUACAGUGACUUAAAUAAUACUGUAGUCUUUGAACAAAUCCGAGAGCUUCUGUACUGUGAAAUAAGAGAGGACUUUUUAUUUAUUAUUAACAGACAAAUCAAACAUUAGAAAGGACUGCAACAUCUAUACUGUGGUUAAACCGGCAAUUUGACCUGUCGCUCUAUAGCAAUAGGAGGCACAGUAGAGUAAAGUUGUACAAAUUACCACCACAUACGUCUGAUUGUGUUAUCUUAAAAGGUUGUACUGUCUCCUACAGUAGAGCUUCCCGCUCCCCAUAACACUGCUUGCACAGGAGUUUAAUGCAUUGCUCAUGAAGCUUCUGCCAUUCAGGAAGUUUCAGUAUUUUAGCUGCAGGCAUGUCUUUGAGGUUUAAGGCUGAGAAAUGACUGUUCUGUGUUGCAAAAAAGAUGCCGUGUUUGGAAGAAAUCAUUUAGAUUUUUCACAAGCAGGAAGUCCAUUUCAAGUCCUGCACACUGUUCUAGUAGACCAGAUGGAUAUGGGAAGCUCAAUUGUGAGCUUAUCUUUAAGGUCGUCUGGGCUUAAAAAGGCAUGCAAUACCUUCUUUUCCUAAAACGUGCACAAGCUUAAAAUACUUUUGUUCUCAUAAAAAUGCUAAUCGGCCCAUAUUUUAUAAAUAUUUUAUAAAUUCUGCACCUUUUAAUUUAUACUGAUGUUUUAUAAAGAUGAAGAAUCAUUUUGUUUUUAAAAUCUCAUCUUAACACCGAAUUAUUUAAAUUGUGUUUAGAAAUGCUAUUAAAUAUCUGUGGACAUUGAACAGCUAAGAAUCAGAAUUGUGACUUUUACUUGUCAGAUCUUGUCAUGAGUAGGACGCUAACCGUUUGGAGUUAACUUUAAUUGUUUAUCAUACCAACCAUAGAUGAUUCAAACUCUAUACAGACAUUGAUGCUUGUUUCUGUGCACCAAGACUACCAAACUGCCUUAGCUGUUCUCACAUGUGUGAAAUAUUCAGGUUCAUCUCAAGCACUUUUAAGUUAAUAUUUAAUCCUGUGUUCCCUAGUGUUACUGUUGCAUGCACCCUAGUGUUUUGUUAGUUGCGUAUUUAUUUUUCAGCGAACACACUACUGGCACACUAAAUGAUAAUUGAUUAGAAUAUUCAGGUCCACACAGUAACUCACAGACGUGUAAAACCUUUACCGUAAUACGCAAAGAUCAGGUUUUGGUAUCAGUCGGUUUGGUAGUACACUUGAACAACACUGCAGAAAUCCGUUUUCAGCCAAUUAUACCUGAAAAUUAAAGAAGUAACCAGAAUA